AUGCUGGUCAAAGACCUAGCGGACCCGCCAGACCUUCGUCCGUUCGACAUGAAACUUGGCCGUCCAUUGCUCAGUAAGCGAAACUGGCAAAUGAUGACGUUGAUGUCGCUAAAAUUCGCGAACGUUCUUGUUAUCUCGGCGCGCUGUCUCUCUUCAAGAGUGUCGGCGCGCAAUCGAUAUGACCUUACAGAUGUGCGUUCGGAGAGCGUUUCCAUGCAAAUAGCAACAUUGAAAUCUGGGUAUGAGAUUAGCAAGCCCACGUAG